GCAAUUCGACCCGUGAGGCCAGAAGAUAAAUUCCACACUCCCGAGCGCCAGUGUCAGACCUUCUAUGCGCAAGAAAAGCCAGAAAUGUCGGGAGCAAGAUGCGGAGAUUUCAGGGACCCUGGGCCAAUCUGUCGGACAGCUCAUUCAGAGGAGACAUCUCCAUUAGUUCGCAAAGCCUUGAGACAGCGUACUCCCCUUGAUCGCGGGCUCAUUUCCAAAGUCAAGAGAAAGCUCCAAUUUGCGGUUGGCCCAAGUAGUAAGAAACGAUUCUUGGCAUCCAAAAAGGCAGUGAGGCGUAAGUCGUCUGCAACAAGGACCACGAAUUGGUGGAACAUGUGAACUGGCAUGUCUGGCUCUUGAUUGUACUUUAUAGCAUCCGAACCUCUACAAUUAGUUUAAUGUUGCAGUGAUACCC